UUCUUGCAUUUCAGUUCAGUCAGUGUAACAUUGUUCUAAAAGCCAUCAAGCUCUGCUGGCUGGUGGGGUGGUGUAUUCGGAUAGAUGGUGAAUUGAGAAUUUGUGUGGGAUAACAAUAUGAUGAAGCGUUACUUCACAUGGUUGCCCUUUUAAUAUUAGGCAACUCAUUUAGUUUCCGAUGAUUUGGUUUAAUCGGAUUUUGUUAAGUUGAAUUAAGAUGCUUAGUAUUUUAAAGUAGCCAGUGUUUGGGAUAUAGGUGUUCUAUUUCCUUUCGGUGAGGUUGAAUAUUUGAGUUCUAGGUCUGUAGGAGGAGUCAAAGAUUGUACAUGCUAGAAUUCACGUCCUGGCUAUUGUAUUUUGUUGAUUUCUAAGUUUGGAUCAAAGGCCAUUCUUUGGUUUUUUGGAUUAUCAUAAAUUUGAUGGUUCAUUCGGUGUGAUUUUUGUUGGUUUGAAUUUUGGUUGGUAUAUUUUUCUUUCCAGUUUUGGUGAAUUUAGAGGUCUAGGUCUUAAAUGGUUGAUUUUAAUGAUAGAUUUUUAAUUCAUUGUGGUGUUUGGGGUUUUAUUACUGCCUUCCUUUUAGGGUGGUUUUCUUAUCUUUUGGGUUACUGAAAAAAUAAAGACAAGCUAUAACAUUGUAGCAAGAUUUGUUUUAGGCAUAGUUUCUAGAUGGGUAAAAUUGAGGAAGGAGCAUGUGAUCUGUAGAUGGAUAAAUUUGAGAAAGGAGCACAAUUUUUUUUUUUUUUUGCAUGUGUUUCUGUUUUAAGAAAUUUAGCUGGAAUUUGUAGUUUGAUGUUAUGCUUGGUCCCUGUGUUCUGUCAUUGAAAAUGAAAGAUAUUUCUAUUCAGUUUUUAUCUUGCUUGCUAUUCACAUUUUCCUGCUUCUGCUUCAGACAAUGGUUUGAUAUUGCUCUCUCCAUUUCAAUUUGCUUGUCGUAGUUACUAUUUGGGUAGUCAAAGUGUCAAAGAAUAUUUUCUUCGACCAUAAUUUGUCAAAUAAUUUUUAAAAUAUAUUGAGUUGUUAAUAAUUGUGACUUAUAGUGCUUUUAUGUAGUUUCGAAAUAUGUAAAUUUUGUUCGAAAAAGUUGAAGAUUCUAUGUCCGAAUUCAUACAAAACAUUAGGUUUAAUUCGGCCUUCAUACUCUGAAUCAACCCAAACAAAUUGAAACAGAGGGAGUAGCAUAUUAUUUGUUACUUUUCAUGCCUUUGUCGCAAGUCACAACCAUUUGAAUUUGGGUUUAUUUAAUUUGCAAUUUCUUUGAAGCUAUUUAUUGAAGCUUGAAUUGUUGCCAACUUGAACCAGUUUCUUGAUUAAGGUUGUAUGCUAGCUGCUCAAGGAAUGAUAUUUUUUUCCUCCUUCAAUGUAUUUCUCUUACUUUGUCUUCAAUUAUAUUAGCAACCUCUCUCCUAUACAACCUGUCAAGAGUGCUCCAGUUGUGCAAGAUUUCCCACGGCUGAAUUCUCCCCGCACAGAGUCAAUCAAGCUUGUUGGAAAGGAGCCAGCUUCCUCAACUAUCCAGAGGAGCCAGCGUCCUCAACUAUCCAGUGAAGCGUUUUGUGGGAUGAAUGAGAAUUAUAACAAUGUUAUCAAUAAUUCAGAUGGCACUAGAGUAUCUGUUUCUCUGCCAAGAAGUAGAGUAAACCCUUUUGUUCAGAAAAUAUCUGAUAAUAGUAUCUUUGUGCAUGAACAAAGUGGGAGUUCCAUAAGAUGUGUUCAUGAAUUCUUACUUGAUGUUUCAAAUUCAGAGUCUGGUAAUCCUUCAAAUUCAACUAAUACCAGCCUAAAAGUAACUGAUAAGAUUCCUCAAUCUCCUAAUAGUGCUGGAGAUUCAAAGGAAUCUGUCGCUAACAUUGCAAGUAAAGAUGCAAGACAAGACGAGAUUCCAGAAGAUGCAGCUCGUGUUGUUGUAGAGCAAGCUGAAAAGGAUAAUAAGGGAAACUCCUCAUACAAUCAAAAAGAUAUUGGGGUUUGCAGUACCAAUACUGAUCCUGAUUUUCCACCUACAGGUUUAUGUACAGAGAUUGUUCCCUACUUGCUUGCUCAUAGUUCAUCGCCUUGUCAUUAUGGUGACCGACACAUGGCUCAACUUUCAGGGGUUGACCGCACUAUGUUGGAUGAAGCUUCUAAUAUACGGAUCAAAUCAUUGGAGACUGCACGUGAUUGCAGAAAUGAUAGUGAUAAGAUUAACACAAUGCCAGUUGCACCGGAUGAAAGCAUUGUACAGCAUGAUUCUCAAACGAAGCAAUGAGAUAUUUCUCACUUUCAACUUUGGCAACUCAAGGAUGAUAAAAACUGAGAAGAACGAAAAUUGGAUUGGUGAGUCUGUUUUCUUGAUUUUGUCAUACAAAGUCAAUUCAAUUUUCGAUCAACCUUUCUUCAAUAGAGAAAGUGAAUUUCAGAAUCAAAGUCCUCAGCAGACACCUAAAUGGCUAAAUCAAGAAACAUCAACACCCAAGUGUACUCUCCAAUCAUUUCCAUGUCUUAGCUACAACCUGCCUGAAUUUUCAGAACCAUCUGCUCUUUUUGACGUAAAGAGAUGAGAAAACUCAUGGAUAGUCGCAAUUUGGUGGAAAGGGACUGGAUUUUUGGUCUGAUGUUACAAGUACAUUAAACGUUUAUCGAUCAACACACUUUUAAGGAAGUAUGUAACGAAAUAGACAAGAACAUUUCAUAAGGUAAUAAACUAACUAACGGAGAUAUUCUUAAUUAAUUGAAGCUAAAUUUAGAAUGAUUUGAGUUGAGUACAUAAGCAUAUUAUGUGAGUAUUUAGCUUGAUGCUAUUGUUUUAUUACUUUUUGAAUAAUCCUACUAAACAAUUAAAACAAAUUUCAAAUUACUUUUUCCAAUGUACGUAGAAUCUCCUUCGUACACACAAUAUUACUUGUCAAGUUAAACUUUGCAAAGACUAAGUUGACAGAUGAGAAUGUUAUUUUAAUUCCAAAGGCAUUACAGAUAUGAACUUUCCUCAAAUAGGCCACUCAUGUAAAAGAAGCAAGUAAGCCCUUGGUAAAAGUCUUCAAUUGCAUUCUCUUGCAUUCAUGCUUUAUGUGAUAUGCAAGUACUUAUUUUCGAAAAACACUUUCUUACAUGUAUGUGUAAGCAGCUUCAUAUAUCUCCUUUAGUCAGUUCACCAAGCAUAAGAAUGAGUUGUUUGGGUUUGCAAAGGGAUGCUUAACACUCACUUAGAUCUCUAACAUUGAAGAAAAAUUUGGUAACUAGCAUCUUCAUUCUUUCACUCGCUGUUUGGUUUUUAAUUUUUCAAAAUGUUUAUAUUGGGUCAUAAAUAUCUCCUGAAACUAUUGUUUUUCAUCCUGUCUUUUUCUUUGCUCUUUUCGUUUGCCAUAUAUGAAUUCAUGUUACUUACUUUCUGGUACCAUUGAUAUCAUUUCUCUACAAGGUUUUAAUAGCACAGCUUAUAUAUGUGAAUUCAUUAAAAGGUCGAUGGGUAAUAUGUGUUUUAAGAAAAAAAGUAGCAGUCUGAAUCUGAGGAUAAAUUAAAAGAUACCAAUCAGAUAUAUUUUUUCAGGCAUUCAAACUAAGAAAAAAACAGUUGCUUGUCCAUUAUAAGGCAGUUUAAGUAAAAAAAAUGUAUCCUCUAUUUUGUAACAAGUGGCUAUAUUUUCCGUCUAGCUACCUUCAUCAAAAACUUACAUAUUAUAAUUUUGAGGUCAAAAAGAGUUGAGAAACAAAUUAGAAGGGAACCUUUUAAGACAACUUUCUGUAUUUUAGAGCUUCUGAGAUUGACGAAGAGAACUUGAUUCUUUGGAAGAUUAAUGAUGACUUAAGUGAUAAAGAGACAAAAAUAUAGGAAAAAAAAAAAAAAAGAUUAUGAUUCUUUUGUAACUGAGUGCUCUUAUUUUGGAAGAAGGUGAACUCACUGCUUUAACUUUAAUUGAGUUCAUUAUUUCAGUGACAAAUUGGUUGCAGAUACAAGGGCCUGGAGAAAAAAAAAAAAAAACAAUUCAACUCUUCUUUUGGAUCUUCGUUCAUACGAAUGUAAUCUCUUCUUAAUCACGUAUUAUUUCACUCUCGCAGUAUAUCACAUAACUCAGUCGUGCUUUUGAUUCACUUUCAAAAGAUUCUGUUUUUGUAAAUUUCUCCCAUUGGGUAAGUUUUUGUUCCUUACAAGACAUGAUGCAAAUAUGGAUACAAAGGACAAGAAAGGAUGCAUGGUGCUUGAACAAGCUUUAGAUUAGCCCAACAUUCAUUGAUGCUGACAUGAUAAUUCCAGGGUAUAAAAUUAGAUGGUGUCAUUAGCCACUUGAUAUAUUUAACGCAUACUUCGUGGACAAUCAAUGCAAGGUGUACUCAAAUUUGUGAAGUUGUCUGCUAUUAUGCUCAUUUAAUUUUGGUA